AAUUUUUUUUUUUUUCUGUCACCGGGGGCCCAGUUUCCCCGCCCACUCUCCUCAUUUUAGCCUGAAACUAGAAGAGUGGAGCCAAGAAAUAGUUAAUCUCUCCGGCUGCUGCUGUGAUUGGCCGCUGUGUGCAGCGCUUCAGCCUCCUUGAAUGAGAAACAGGGGUAACCAGGCAACUUCAGUGCUGGAGAGAAGAAGAAGAAGAAGAAGAAAAAGAAAAGAGGAAAAAGAUUUGUAUUUUUUUUUUACUGGAUCUUAGAGUGAGGAUUUUGAACAAGCAGAGACAGUGUGAUUUCACCCUGCGUGUCCUGCAACUGGAAUUAACAAAUGGAUUUCUCUUAAACUCGCUGCCUCCUUUCUGCCUCACUCUCUCUCCCCUUCUCUCUCACUCACACUGGGGGAAAAUAGAGCGCUCAAAUGAAGGAGACACAGAUGUGGAUUAAAACGCAUAAAUGGGACAGAACAGCAUUCGCCUAGAGAGAAGAGGGCUCGGAGCAAGUGACGGUGAUGGGCUGCUGGACUGCGUCUGAAGUGCUCUGCCAAAGAAUAAUAUCCACCCCUGACCUACUCUGAAGAAAAAUAUUUGAUUCAAUCAAUGCUGUAGACUCCUCAGGGGGGAAUUACACCUGAGCAAUAGGUGGGCCCUCAGGAGAAAAUCAACGGUGGACCACGUGAUACUUGACCUUCACAAAGAGAACUCAGACGCACUCGAGAAGAUGUCACAUCUGAUCUGAAGCUGCUAUUGAGACGGUCGCCCAGCUCAUGUGUUGCUCAACAAUACUCGGACGUCAUGAGCCACCAGUGAAGGAGCAUAAUUAUCAAUGGUGGAUCUUCAUUCAUUGAGGAGUACGAAGCACCUCACUAUGGAUGUGAAGGAGAUUUUCUCCACCAAAGAGCGACUGUGAAAGAGACGGAACUGGGGGCUUUGGAGACUGGGAGUGAGGAGGAUUAGCAAGUGUGCUGCUCACCCAUGGUGCAUCUACUGUGAGCACGUCAAGGGAUUCAGCAGUGGAGGAUGUCAGCAGAGGCCGAGCUCCAGCCGGGUGUCAAAACCAGCCAGCGAAAGGAGUCCAGGAGGAUCAAAGGUCAGGACCGCACCGAGGCGGGGCUUAUUAAGCGUUUCCGUGGCGAUGGCGUACGGUACAAGGCCAAGCUGAUCGGGAUUGAUGAGGUGACAGCAGCGCGCGGGGACAAGCUGUGCCAGGACUCCAUGAUGAAGCUGAAGGGAAUGGCAUCCUCGGCACGUUCCAAGGGGGAGCACAAGCAGAGAGUCUUCUUGACGGUCUCUUUCGGUGGAAUCAAGAUUUACUGUGAAAGAUCAGGGGUGCUCCUGCAUCACCACUCAGUCCAUGAGAUCAGCUACAUCGCCAAGGACACCAGGGAUCACCGGGCUUUUGGUUAUGUAUGUGGGAAGGAAGGCCAUCACAGGUUUGUGGCCAUCAAGACUUCGCAGUCGGCGGAGCCUCUCAUCAUUGACCUGCGCGACCUUUUCACUCUCAUCUAUGACAUCAAACAGCGGGAGGAACUGGAAAAGAAGGCUCAGAAGGACAAACAGUGUGAGCAGGCGGUUUACCAGACCAUCCUGGAGGAUGAAGUGGAUGAUCCCGUUUACCAGUACAUAGUGUUUGAGGCCGGACACGAACCCCUCCGUGGCCCCCAGUCAGAGGAGAGCGUUUAUCAGGUCCCAACCAGUCAGCAGAAGGAAGGGAUCUAUGAUGUCCCAAAACGCCAUUUCAUGACUAAUAUCAACCACUUUGAUCUUUUUGGCGACAUGUCCACUCCUCCCUCGAUGCCUCCGUCUCCUGCCAACACACUGGAUCCAAGCAGGAGCAGUCGCCAGCAACAACACACUCCAGCUGAGUUGUACGCGCCGUUCAGUCCCACCUCCGUGCCAUCAGGUUAUAUGACAAUGGGUCCAGUGCAGGCAGCCCAGUGGGCACAGCAGCCAUUUCCUGCUCAGGCUCAGACUCUGGCCUUCCCCGUGCAGGGGCCCCUCCAGGUGGCUCAGGUCCUUCCUGGUGGUCAACCGCUCAUCUGGAGCCAGGCCAACAUUUUCCCCACCACUCAGCAACAGUGGGCGGCCAUGGCGGCAUAUAUGCCAGCCCAGACUGUUGGCGUGGGGGGCCAUGCCAUCCCAGCUGCCAUGCUCCAAGGCCUGGUUCCUAUUACUACCAUGUGUCCCCAAGCCUGCGACCUGUCGGCACCGUCCUCGGCCAUCACCAGCCCCCAGCACACGGCCGACCCCGCGCUGCUCCAGAAGCAGCUGAGCCUGGCUAAAGAGGGCCUCUGCAUGGACUCGGAUGCGGGGGAGGGCCCCUCAUCAUCGGGAGCCGGAGCAGCAGGUGUGGGAUCAGGUAUCACCUCAGCAGUGGUGAGCAGGUGUGGGACUCCAGGCCUCAUGAGUGUACCAGACACACUGGCCUGCAGCCAGCUGCUGUCACCUUCAUCUGCUACAACCCAGGAAGAAGAGGGGAGCUGUAGUGACCUUGAUCUCUCGAGGAUGACCUUGAGCCCAGGCACAUCCACAUCACCGUCCACGGAAUCUCCGUCCACUCCAGCUCCUCAGCAAAGCUGCUCUUCUGACUGCCCGCCAUCCCAGGCCAGUGACCCCCCCACAGAUCACUCGCCUACAGAUCCAGAGGACAACCCCAGCAACACCAAGGAGGGCUCUGUUGAUGGAAGGUCGGUGUCUCCGGUGCUCAGUGAAGCUCCUGAUCCUACACAGGAUCCAGCCUGUUUACAGGACGACAGCUAGAGAACAACAAACUGAGGAAUGGAAGCUUUCAAGGCCAAGGCAGAAGCUGAAAGAGAGAAAAAAAAAAAGAGACAUGAGUGGCAUCUCUCACAGCUGUGAUUGCACAGACUUUGCUCUGUUUUUCCAACCUUUAAAGGAUAUUUUGGCAGGUCUGUAAUAAGCUGGUGAUCCAAGGAUUUGCUUUCCUCCAGAGGCCACACACUGCACUGUACUCCUCAUCAGCAUGACAACCAGACUUUGGCUUGAUUGUCCAAUCAAAAACCGUAUCAACCAGAAAGUGACCUUUUUAUCUUUGACCGAAAACCUGCAACAGGAGGUGACUGCGUCCUCCUGUGGUGGAUUUAUAUCUGUGAGGAUACAUUAAAAGGCUAUGGUGACACACACACACACACACACACACACACACAGAUGAUGCAAAUUGUUUUUUUGGGAACGAUAUAGAGGAGCAGCAUUCCGACUGUACGUGGUUGACCUUCAGUUUUGUCGACUGCCACCAGCAGAGACUGUGCGUAGCAGAUGGAUUUGCCAAAUAUCCUCAUCGUGUUGCUCCGCCUCUCGUCCAUUUGCAUGAACAGACUUAACGUGGAUUCAGCUGUGAGCGAAACCUCCUCUCUGCAGCUUCCUCUUACAGUACAGAUCAAGAAAUAUGGAUUUUCUUUUUCUUAUUUUUUAAAAGCUGUGAAUUCAUCGUGGAUGGCGUUUGCGCCGUUAAGGAUACCGGAGUGACUCGGAGGCAUCCGUGUCAAAAUCAAAUUUGCCAAACAUCUAUUUUGUAAAUAAGAAACCUCCCAGUCCCUGAACCUGAGCCUCUGUGCCAUAACAUAACUCUCUGGCUCUUCGAUGCCAACUACCUGUGUUUCUCUCAAGCAAUGUCCUAAACCAGCACCUCUAAUUUUAACAUCUUUUUACAUUUGUUUUCGCUUCUUUUUUUAUAUAUAUAUAUAUAUAAUGUCCUUGUUUCCAGUUGGUUUGUGAGCUAUGAAGUGUGAAUAUGUGUUACAUGGUCAUUCAAAAAUAAAGCCUGCUCAACCUGCAUCACUCAUCAUGACCACGAGAAAUGACGAGGUUUGAACCAUCACAGACUAUUUUUUGUUUUGAGGUAUUCUUACAUUUACUAAAAGUCACAUUGUUCCGCUCGAAUAAAUUCAGCAGAAUGAACCCACUUUGUUACGACUUGGGUUAAUAACAACCACCGCAGAGACAGUAGAUAACAUUUCAUGGCCUUAUUAGGUUUGUUUUUUUGUUGCCCACUCACUGUUUCUUCUUUCCAGGUCCGUGUUUGUCAAUGGUGAAACAUACAGGGCGACUUUACAUGUAAUAUGAACAAAAGAAAUAUCACUAUUAACUGCUAGACUUAUCAAUAACAAAUGGUAGCCUAACUGUACCCCCCCACCCCACCCCACCCCAGCUCGUGUAAGAAAAAUAAGAAAUAGUCCAAAAAUAUUUUGUAAAUUUUAUUUAUGGAAAUAUGAAUUGUCAAAAAGGGACUUUUGUAUGUCUAUGACUUCCCCAUACACUGUACCCAUCCCACUGUUCAGUCACGAAUAAAAUAUCAUGUGAUUCCCA